AUGGGAUCCGGUGUUUUCACCUUAGUAUGGCCGACAACAAAAUUAAGUUGUCGACACUGGGACUUCCCAAGCGGUCCCCCACCUUAGUACUAACCCAGCCUUAAGGCGCUUAACUUCGGAGUUCGAAUGGGAUCCGGUGUUUUCACCUUAGUAUGGCCGACAACAAAAUUAAGUUGUCGACACUGGGACUUCCCAAGCGGUCCCCCACCUUAGUACUAACCCAGCCUUAAGGCGCUUAACUUCGGAGUUCGAAUGGGAUCCGGUUGUCGACACUGGGACUUCCCAAGCGGUCCCCCACCUUAGUACUAACCCAGCCUUAAGGCGCUUAACUUCGGAGUUCGAAUGGGAUCCGGUGUUUUCACCUUAGUAUGGCCGACAACAAAAUUAAGUUGUCGACACUGGGACUUCCCAAGCGGUCCCCCACCUUAGUACUAACCCAGCCUUAAGGCGCUUAACUUCGGAGUUCGAAUGGGAUCCGGUGUUUUCACCUUAGUAUGGCCGACAACAAAAUUAAGUUGUCGACACUGGGACUUCCCAAGCGGUCCCCCACCUUAGUACUAACCCAGCCUUAAGGCGCUUAACUUCGGAGUUCGAAUGGGAUCCGGUGUUUUCACCUUAGUAUGGCCGACAACAAAAUUAAUAAAGUUAAUCUAUAUAUAUUUAUAUUAGUAAAAAGUAUCAAUCUUUUGUAAAAUAUGA